AUGUUGUGCAAUCGGUUGCUCAACGUUGCGAUUGUACUGCACAGAGUGCGCUUUCCUAGUGUUCUACCAUCCUGCCGAAAUGUGCAUAACUCCGAUGGAACGAUCAGCGAAAAACGGAUACGCAACAUCGGCAUCCUGGCGCAUAUCGAUGCCGGAAAAACGACUACAACGGAACGAAUGCUGUACUAUUCCGGGCGUACGGAAAUGUUGGGCGAGGUAAUGCUGGGCAACACGGUUACGGACUUUUUGCAGCAGGAACGUGAACGAGGCAUUACGAUAUGUAGCGCUGCCGUUAGCUUUAACUGGAAGGAGCAUCGUAUCAAUCUGCUCGACACGCCUGGUCAUAUCGAUUUUACGAUGGAAGUGGAACAAUCACUCGGCGCAGUUGACGGUACCGUGGUCAUCCUAGACGGGUCUGCCGGUGUGGAAGCACAAACCGUUACUGUGUGGAGUCAGGCCGAUCGACACCGGUUGCCGCGUUUAGUGUUUGUAAAUAAAAUGGACAAAGAAGCAGCCGAUUUCGACGCUUGUUUGGUAGAUUUAAAGCAACAGCUAUCAACUGUACCAUUGCCACUUCAGGUGCCCAUAAAAGAGAAAGGAAAAUUGGUGGGUGUAAUUGACUUGCUUUCCUCGACUCAGAUAAUCUGGGACGGACAAAAUAAAGGCCGAUCGUACAAAGCAAUUCCAAUAGCCAAUGAAGAACUGCAUGAUGAAGUUCAGGAGAAGCUGUACGUGUUGAUUGACCUGCUUUCGGGACUGGACGAUAAUCUUGCUCAGGCCAUCAUUGAGGCGAACAGUUUCGAAAACGUGAAACUAAAUCUCGUACUAGAUGCCAUACGCAAUUGCACGUUGAAGCAGCAGAUUGUGCCCGUCCUGCUGGGAUCUUCGUACAAGAAUGUUGGAGUGCAACUGCUGAUGGACAGCGUGUUGAACUUUUUACCUGCCCCUUGUGAACGAAACCAGAUAUAUGACUGCUUUGGGACUGAUUUUGUUGGGAAGGUGUUCAAAGUUACGCACGACAAGCAGCGUGGUCCAAUUACCAUGAUCCGCGCUUUUCGAGGCACAGUAAAGAAAGGAUCCAGGUUUAUCACCGCUACUGGUGGUUCCGAGACGAUACAACGCAUAUAUGAACCGCUGGCCGAUGAGUACCGCGAAAUUGAUUCGUUUGGUGCAGGUAACAUAGGACUUUGCGCUGGACCCAAAGCGACAGUUACGGGCGAUUUGGUGGUGGCAAAUGCGGCCUCUUUAAAAAAGGCCUUAAAACGACUCUCCAUAGCUAGUGAAGAUGCUAAAGAGGAAGAGUCUUCCGAUGGCGAGCUUUUGCUUGCAUCAAAGUUGGGUUUGCAAACGAACAUACCGGAUGCAGUUUACUUUUGCUCGAUUGAACCACCGUCUUCUGGACAGCAAACUGCGCUAGAUAAUGCAUUACGCGAAAUUCAACGUGAAGAUCCAAGUCUUCGAGUGCGAUACGACGAAGCAACCGGACAAACUGUGCUCGGUGGCAUGGGACAGCUGCAUUUGGAAAUAGUAAAAUCUCGCAUUUUUACUGAGUACAGGAUCGAUGCAGAUUUGGGUCCGCUUCAAAUUGCCUAUAAGGAAACACUCGAAGAACCGAGUCGAGGACAGUGGACGGCGGAAAAGGAAAUAGCCGGUAGCAAACAAUCCGUGCACAUGGAUAUGACGAUUUUUCCCAAUGAAGCCGGGGAAGGUAAUGCAGAGCGUAUUGUGCUGGAUAAUUCUGCUGAUGCGCAAGAAACGCUAAAGCUGGUGCGUCCAAGACAAAUGGCAUUUUUCCGCAAAGGAGCAAUUGGUGCUCUACAGCGAGGUCCAAAGCUUGGUGGACAAUUGGCAAACUGUACUGUUAAGUUACAUGCGCUCACAAUCGGCCGAGGUACUGCUGACCCUUUCAUAAUGGCCGCUGCUGCCCAAUGCAUAGGAAAUAUACUAACGAAUGCACGCUGUCGUUUGCUGGAACCGGACAUGUUUGUGGAGAUUGUGACACCGAGCGAGUAUCUACCGCCUAUCCUAGCCGACUUGAGCCGACGAAGGGCACGUAUAGAAGAUGUUGCCCCACGUGGUUCGGCAAAUAAGGUGUUGAAAGUUAUCGCACCUCUGGCAGAAUUGGGCGACUAUUCGACUGUACUGCGGACGAUCAGUUCCGGCACAGCAAGCGUAUCGAUGGAACCGAGCGGCCAUUCCCUUAUGAACGAAUCGGACGAAGCGUCGGCAAUGCGGCGAUCAUUGGGUUUGGAGUAGGUCAA